UUGAGCUAAGGCCACUAGCUACUUAUGAUUGGGAGGAGUCUGGGAGUAGGGGAUUCCCUACCAUCCCCCUCUACUUUCAAGUGAUGAUAUAUGUUAAUGCGUAACUAAGUUGUCUAAUGAGGUGCUAGUUGGAUCUUUAUUUUUACCAAAAAAAAAAAAACUCCAUACCCUAUUUUACUAGGUACUCUGUAUAAUUUAAUUGAUUUUAGUGACACCACAUAGCAUCCACUAGUACCAACUUUCAAGCUAAAUUUAGUCUAAUGAGAAAUAUUGCACAUUCCAACUUUGAAGUUGAGGGUUUAAUCUAAGAAAUAAUCUUUAAGGGUGGGAACUCCAUAAUUACUUUCCACUCUCUUUUAAAGAAUCUAUCCGUAAAUACUAGUCCUCGUAUAUAGACAAAAAAAAUCGUAAAGGUUAAUAUCCAAUUAGGCUAUCUAGCAAUCUAGCAUUCUAGCCUCCACUAGUAAUUGUGCAGACGCCAUACUUUUGCACUAACUCCUUAAGCCAAGCAAUGAAUCUAGUACAACUGCACCAUCGAGCCCAACCCGUUCUAACCCAUCCACCGAGUCAACUCGCUCAGCUCAUCUAACCCAGAAAAGAAUCCAACACUCAGCAAACCCUAAACCAAAAUCGAGCAUCGAAUUCAUCGCUGAAUCCCUAAUUUUGGAGAGAGAUUCGUUAAUGGUGGAAUUGAAGUAAAUCGACAAAAAAAUAAAAAUAAAAUGAGCAUAAAAUGUAGGGUUUGGUGGCCGAAAGAGAUAUCAUCCUCUGAAUUCCCAAAAUCAUCAAAAAGUUUGCUGUUAUUUGGUUGGUUCAUCUCCUGUUCUUCAUCUUGCCUUGAUGUUGUUGUGGCUUUCGCUUUUCCUGAUGAUUUUCUCUCUCUUCAAUCCUCUGAUUCUACUAUCCAGGAGACAAUUCAUCAUGCAAACGGAGGAAUGCCGGUCAUAUUACAGGAGAAGUCUAUUUUGACUGUUCUGGGUCGCUGUGUGCUGCCAAAUGAGAAUACAGAUCAUCUGCAUAAUUUUAAUACGGUCAACAGUGAUCACAACGUGCAAUCUGCUAAAGCCUGUUGGCUCAAUGGGCAACUUACUUCUAUUGCAAAUUCUAGGAAUUCAAGCUGUGGAUGUACUGCUUAUGACAGCUUAUUAAAGCAAUACAGACAUGCUUCUCUUAGCCACUCAACUUGGAUCCAGUUUGUGCAUGAUGCUCGCAGUUAUCCUUCCAGUGAGACUUGCUGGAUUCCAGCAUUGAAUCAUCUGCAUUUGAACGGCGAACUAUCACCUCAGGCUGAACUCCACGUUAUGAUUUAUGAAACUCCGAAAUAUGGUAGUCAUCAUUUCGCCUUAAACUUUUGUAGUUCCAAACCUACAAAAUGUGUGCCUAAAAGACCAAAGUGGGUUGAUGAACUCUAUUAUAAACCUCAGCUUCAAGAUUUGAACGCAGUUAUCCUGGCUAUUAAUUGCUCCGCUGCUGCAAAUAUGUACUUUUGCAACAAUCUAGGACUCGAAAGUUCUUCCCAGAAAUUAGUGCUAUACAUGUUUUUGAACUUUCUCUGGAGGUCCUGGGCAACUGCCGUGGCCACCUUUUCCACAUUUCUCUUUAUAGUCCUUCAGUCAUUCAAGAAGCUUGCAGGAUGUGCAUCAAAUUUCUGGAUAUGCAAUGGAUUAGCAAAAAUUUUUAGUAACACAUGGAGAAAUACACAAGUUCGAUGUCACCAGAUUCUGUAUUGGCCUAUCUUCCUUAAUGAAACCGGCCUAAGGUCUCAAACAUGUGUUGAAUAUGCGGAGAAAGCUGGAUUACGAAAGCAUUCCUUUUGGUCUUCUGCAGCCAUUGAUGUCUUUUUGGGGAACUUGGUUGGAUUUACUUUGUUAUUACACGCUGAAGCUGUUCUUAAAUGGUUUUCAACUUGUGCCAUUCACUUCACUGAUGAUGUUUUACGUACGGGGUGUGUAUGGUUGAUGGGAGUGCCUGCUGGUUUUAAGCUGAACACAGAGCUUGCAGGAGUUUUGGGUAUCAUUUCCCUUAAUGCUAUCCAGAUCUGGAGUACCCUCUGGUUUUCAGCAGCAGACAUAUUUUCUGGUGUUAUUAUUAAGGUUGUUGCUUUGUCGGGGAUUCUUCUUGGCAUGACAAUUCCAGUGGCAUUGAUCACAGAUAUGAUUGUAAUAGCUGCAUUCCAUGUUUACGAACUCCAUUAUUUGAUCUCUCUCUUGUAUUCACUUCAGAUUCAAGCAUUGGCAGCUUUAUGGCGUCUUUUUAGGGGCCGUAAGUGGAAUCCUCUUCGUCAGAGGUUAGAUAGCUAUGAAUACAGUGUGGAGCAACAUGUUGUUGGAUCCCUACUGUUCACUCCGCUCUUGCUACUGCUGCCGACUACAUCUGUCUUCUAUAUAUAUUUUGCCACCAUGAAUUUGACAAUUAUCUUCUCCCUGACAGUAAUAGAGAUCAUCAUCUCUAUUAUUCAUGAUACACCUUAUAGUAAAAUCCUUCUCUGGUUGGUAAGGUCAAAGAGAUUUCCUUCAGGAAUCUGGUUUGAAACUAUUCACUGUCAGAGCGCUGCAGAUGCCUUCUCGGUGGAUGGGUUUCUUAUUGCUUUAUCAUGCAAGGGUAUGCCUCAAGAAAAGAAUACAAAUUUCAGGAAGUCUGUACCUCUACUUUCACAUCUCCGCAGCAAUAUUUUCACUUUUGGGCAAGUGGUCUUCCCUCACUACAAGAACAUCUGCUCUGGAGUUCAUGGACAAACUCUUCGCUCUGCAAUUUCUGGGAUCCUCACGGGCAAAAGUAUUUCAACAAAGCUGUGCACCGAAGUUACUCCAGAAGUUCCUUGGUUAUCUAUAUCUUACAAAGAUUACUGGUACAUUUGCUACGAUGCAGUUCUUGCCCGCAUGCAAUGAAUGUCCUUGUGACAAUUCAGUGGCAAUAGGAAAGUUGGGAUCACAUGUAACGGCCCAACGCUGAUCAUAGCUAAAGUUGUCUCUGACCAGCAAUCUUCUCAACGGAAUUCUUUCUGUGCCGAUGACAUUGGUGCUAUUGUUUUGUAGUAUAUUGAAAGAAGAUUUGUUAAAUACGUUCCCAAAGGGAUUUUGUAACUUGCAGUUUUGUCGUAAGCAAUGAAAGCGAGAUUUCUGAGAUUAGC